CAAUUCAACAACACAACGACUUUGGACAGCACCUUCAUCCAAGCACGCUUCGAUCCUACCUUAGCUCGAGCCGAGGCCCUCCUAGAUUCCGAGAAAAACAAGGCUGGAGAACUUGGCCGCCGCACUUUGGCAACAAGGAGACCAAACGCGGGUCAUGACUCCGAGGCUGUGGUCGAGUGCUCAGCUCUGAGCGACAACGAAGUCACCCAUCUGCCUGGUCACGUGUCGCUGGGACGCAUCAUCAUUGCCUAGGUACUGCUAGGCAUCGAGUCACCCUCCGAGGGCAUCGUGACGCCCACUGCUGCCAUCUGCGCGACCCCCAUGGCCAUCAGCUGUGGCGACGACGCCUGCGCGGCCGGUCCGCCCCCGGGCGCGGGCCUCGCGAAGGCCGUGUCGCUGUCGCCCUUUGUCGGCACCUUCGCCGCCGUCAGCUUCCUCGUCGCGCGCCACGUGUUCCCGCUCCUGUCGCGCGUCCAGGACAGGUCGCGCGACGACGGCCACGACCACAUCCUGCCGGCCUCGGCCCCGGCCGCCCUGCGCCAGUGCCACGUCGAGCACGGCGCCCGCAGCCUCCGCCGCCGCGUCGCCGCCGCCACCUUUGCCGCCACCAUUGGGCUUUCGGCUGUCCUCGCCCAGCUGAUCCUGGCCGAGAUCUCGGACCUGGUCGACCCUGGCGCCCGCGCCACCGCUCUCCGCUUCACGGUCCCCACUCUCAUGCUUCUCCUCAUCGUCUUGAUCCCGUUCCUCGAGCUCCAGUCCGUCAUCACCGGCGCGGGGUGGUCGUUCCAGCGCUCGGCCAAGGGCCGCAUCCCGCGCAUGCCCUGGGUCCUGCUCUUCUCGGCCUUUGGCGCCUGGCUCUUCGUGUUCUGGUCCCUGGGCAUGGCAGUCCCCGCCCCCGACGAGACGUACGUCUACGCUCGGGAUGAGGUGGUCAGCUUCGACAGCACCGGUGCCUCGAUGGGCACGCGGGGUGGCAUUGGCUGGAGCCCAGGAUCCGUAUUUCCGGACCUGUCGGCCGCAAGCGCCCAAGACGUCUCCCGGGCGUGCCUCGAGAGGAUCGGUGUUAUCGGAAUAUCCCUCAUGGCGCUGCUCUCCGGGUUUGCCAGCGUCUCGUCACCGUGGCAUCUACUCACAGACAGCAGGACGCACAGGCGCCGUCCGGUCACGGAUGCCGUGGUCGCAAGGAAACAGGCCGGAGUUGAUGCGACGGCCGAGCUUCUGGCUGCCAAACGCCACCGUCUGCGAUCGCUGCAGCGCAAGGUCGCCGCCUCAUCGAGCACGCCAGACGGCUCGCCAAUCUCGCCCGGCGGGGCUUCCGGGCUGGUGGGCAAGUUGGUGGGUUCCAUCAAGAGCAUGGGCGGCGGCGGAGGUGACGCGGGCGAGAUCAAGGCGCUGCAGAUGGAGAUUUCGGGGCUCGAGUCGAUGGAAUCGAGGUUGUCAUCGGGCGUGGCCGCACUACGGAGCAGACAGGCCAGCCACGCGCGUGAUGGGACAUUUUUGGGCCGUCUUAUGGCGCUGUCGUCGUACAUCUUUGCGCUCUACUGUGUCUACAGGAUCCUAGCCACGACCAUGGCCACGCUCAGGCGGGCAUACUACCCAGGUGCAUCCUUCUCGUCGUCGGACCCCAUCAGCCGCUUCCUCGGCCUCCUGGCCCGGCACUGGGACCCUAAGCUGGACCAGCUGGCCUGGGCCCGGCAGAUCUCGUUCCUGCUGUCGGGCGUCAUCCUGGCCGCGUCCCUCAACUCGGUGCUGCAGACGCUGCACCUCUUCACAAAGUGGGCCCCCGGGGUCCUGCUGCAGGCCCAGGCCAACCUGGCCCUGCUGGUGGGGCAGGUGGCGGCGACCUACGUCAUCAGCGCGGCUCUGCUGCUCAGGGGCAGUCUUCCCAAGGAGGUGUCGAGCGCCGUGGGUGACGUGCUGGAGAGUGCGCUCGAGCCCGGCUUUGUCGAUCGUUGGUUCGAGGGAUGGUUCCUGGUUGCCAGCGUCACCACGGCGGUCGGUAUCUGGAUCGGCCGGAAGAUCGGGGGAGGGGCCGACCGUGACUGGGACGACUGGGACGAGUUCGCCGGAGAAGAAACCGGAGAGAAGCAGUCGUAGACGUGUACGCUUGUAGAAGCCUCGAAGGCGGCGUUUUUGGUGUCUUGAUUGUUGUUUGGGAGCAUACUUGUAUACUGUACCUGUACCUGGCCUCUGUGCGUAUCGUGCCUCGACAUCUCUCUGCAUUGUUCCAGCCAAUGCAGACGUCAGGACAACUAGAUUCAUUUUAUUUGCCCUUUUCCUUUUCGCCAGACGCUUCCCUCCCAGCUGGACAUUUGACUUGAGCAUUGCAUGCUGGAAGGAGGCGGCCUGUUAGUUUCGGCUUGAAUCUACACUUUGAGAUCACAUGAUAUUCACACGAUCAAGUGGUCAAUCCGAUUGGCUGCAGGCUGCAUAGCUUCGCAUCAUGCAGCCAAGUUUGUACCAAAGGCCUCUGGAAAAUAGAUUUCUCGCAGGAGCUGGCUUCUGGGCCACCUAUUAAGUACCUAUACUUACCUACCUGUGUACCUU